AUGCGAUUUGCCUGCGUCUCCUUGGUCCCUCUCUUGCAUGCAUUCCAACUCCUCCUCCUCCUCCUCCUCUUCCUCCUUAGGCACCGAAACACCUCCACUCACGAGCUCACCAUCAAACAUCCAUCCAAGCCGUCAGCCACCGUGUCACCACCAUGUGACACACAACCGUCGCCACCAAACGAGGUAGUGCGAAGGGACCAUCAGUGGAAUUACCUCGAUUCGCCACUCAACCUGAUUCCCAUUCCGCGCGCUCCCAUACCAACUUUUGGUGAAGUUACUCCGCGACCCCAAGUGUGGCACAGGGAGGACACCUUCUUCCCUGUUCUCCGCAACGGCAGCAUCACCGUCCAUGGCCCCUCCAACUACCUUCUUCGAGUGAGUAGCACACCAAACAGGAUCACCCUCGAAAUAACUGUGAAAGUUGUGGAGUAA